GUCGCCAUUCGGCUUUGAACCACGGCCGUCGCCCGUCUCUUAUAAUCUUGUCAUGUAAACAUCUAUGUGCGAUCGUCGAGCGGCAUAGUGGAUUAUACACAAGCUAAGCUGCAGACAUGUCGAAACUCUCAGAUGCCGUGAAGGCGCUCAUCAAUGCCAGCCACGCAAGUCCAGGCUACACAAAAGCCUCGGCUCAUGUGAAGCCAGCGCUGGCGCAAUUUGCCAAAUCUGCAAUAGAGAAGCAAGUUGGACUUCCAGCAUGGAUCACAUUAUCGACAGCAGUAAGCGCAACGCUGAACUGCCCGGAAGCGAUGACAUCGGUGUUUCAUAUCGCAAACGAGAGCUCCCAAAGCCCUGGCCCUGUGAAGAACGCCGAGCUGAUCCGCGAAGUUGGGCUAAAGUGCAUUUCGUUCAAUGGCAUCCCACGCUCGAUCAACACUCUUGGUGCAUUCCAUUCCAGCCUCCCAUCUGACGUCACCUCGCAACUACAUACGAAACCCACGCGCGAGUACACGCCAGAGAAUAUAGAGAUCAGGAAACAGGACGGUCUCGCGCUUUGGGACUCAGUAUACCUUGGUUUCGAGAGGAAGCUGCUAGACAAGUUGGCGCAGAGCCAUCCGGACCUUCCGGUGCACAUUAUUAACGGCCACUACUCGAAUCUUCUCGGCAAUCCCAGGGGCGAGAAGGCAGGCGCCACGGUCGGACGAGUCUUGACCAGUCUUGUGGCAAUCGCUUGUCUGAGGGCGCAGACCGGAGUUGGCCCUCAGGUUGUUUCGCACAUCUUCGGGCUGAGAAAAGCCUACGAACACGGUGAUGCGACCGCCGCGGGUGAGGAAGAGGUUCAGGGUGGCGAGUGGCUGGCAAGCAACGAUGGCAACCUUUGGCUGCUAGAAAAUGUUGACAGCCUGGUGCAAGCCAUUGGUGGUGGGUCGGGGACAACUUUCGCUCCUGGUUUGCGCCCGAAGCUCUAGACGAUAGAUGAGCUGUAGAUACCAAUAUGAGUUGUGAUACAAAGGUCCUUAAUUCCAAAGAUUCUCCUUUGGCGGCAUCGUAAUAGUCUGCUUGUCGAAUUUGCCCGUAU